GCCGGACUUGGUAAGAGGAGAUGACAAACACAGAGAUACAAAUCAAUGUAUUACAGAGAGUUUUUGAGGUUUAUACACACGCAGUAAGAAAUAGCCAGGAAGAAAAGAGCCAGGAAGAACGCAUUGAGGGGAUUGAAAAGCUAACAGAGGAAGACAUACAGAGAGUAGUGAAAAACGGAAAACAGGGAGAAAAGAGAAGGAAAAGCAAUGUAGAAGAGACUCAAUCAUACAAAAUAGAUUCAUGCGAAUGAUAGCAAACGGAAGAAGAGAAGGGAAAGAAGAGAAAAGGUCGGGAUGCUAUGCGACGAAAAGAUGUACAGCGCCGAGUAGAGAACGGAAACGCGCGUGCAAAAGGGAGAUGAGCAUCAAAUACAAUGGAAAUAGGGAAAGAGAGAAGAGUACAAGAGAGUAUACUAUAAAAUAAAAGCAAAGAACUCACCUAGUAUUGUAUAGGAACGCUUUUUAGAGAGGCAAUGAAUGAAGGCGAAGUACAAUAGAAAUCCGCGAAAUAAGAAAAGACUCGAGCCAAGUAAAAAACGAGGUUCGGCCAAGUGGAUCAGCCGCCGUCAGUAACGCCGCAGUUGAAAGGAGUAUAAUAUGUGAAAUAGAAAAGAGGGAUAUCAAAGAAGCAAGAAAUGAAAAUGUAAAGAAGAGGAGUAAAAUAAAAGAUAAAAUAAAAACAGAGUAGGGAAAUGAAGG